UAGGUUCGGAUUGGUAUGAUUCAAGCAAGAAUGUACUCCAGAUUGACUAUAGUGGUCUUGGCAUGUACUGGGGAUACUACAUUUCUACAUCUUCAUAUGCAGCUAAGGUACAAGAUGCAUACAAGGGUUUCAUGAGAACAGUUGCCGGCUACAUGGUGAGAGAUAAUGCUAUGAACCCCACAGACAACACAGUGAAGAUCAACAUCGAACAGUUUGUUAACGACGCUUAUCAAUUUGAGUACCAGUUAGCCAAUGUAACAGCCUAUACCCAGCCUUCCCCAGACCCUCACGCUCCCGGAAACAGGAAGAAAAUCUCAGAACUCAAUACAGUAGCUGACCAGGUGAACUGGGUCAGUUUCUUCCAGUACAUGUUUGGUAGUAAUAAUGUGAACGGAGACACGUAUGUCGUGCUCUUAGAGGCUGACUACCUCCAGAAGAUGAGCAAUAUGAUUAAAAACUGGGACCCUAAUACGAAGACAAGAGUGCUGAAUAAUUACCUGAUGUGGCGCCUGAUGCAGGCAUAUGCCCAGGACUUGUCUUGGGAAUACGUCCAUGCCAAUAGAGAGUUCUACGUAGCUAGGACAGGCAGGGCACAGUUCUUGGGGACAUAUCGGUUCUGUUUUAACUACAUGAAGAGUAAGAUGCCGGAUGCUCUCGGGGCACUGUUUGUUCAAGACCAUUUUGCUGAUAAUGCCAAAAGCGAGGUUGACGCAAUAGUCUCUCGACUGAAGCAAACCAUUGCGACUCGCAUUCAGCAGGCGACAUGGAUGGAUGCAUCGACUAAAAAAUAUGCAAGUUCGAAGAUGCAAUCAGUGGUGGACAAAAUUGCCUACGACACGGCUGCUGUCAGUCACGACUACCUGGACAGGAAGUAUGAUUCUUUGAAAAUCAAUGCAACGAACUACUUCGCCAACAUCCUGAGCAUGAACGCUUUUGAGAAAAAUGACUGGACAAACCAGUUGGUAAGAGGGCAGGACAAGACUAAAUGGCGCUAUAACACCUAUGACGUGGUAGCCCACAUGUACAAUCCUUGGAACGAGAUCAUCGUCCCGGCAGGGUUGUUUCAGUUCCCUAUCUAUACCAGAAUUAUGCCCCAGCACGCGCGCUUUGGCGCCAUGGGUUCCAUUGUCGCACACGAACUAAUGCACGGCAUCGAUGAGUAUGGUGGCUAUUUCCUGAAGAAUGGUACUGUAUUUGACUGGUGGAGUAAUAAAACUACUGUAGAUUAUUUGAAAAGCAAACGCUGCGUGUCCGACUACUAUACUAAUAUGACUGUGGGCUUCAGAAUACCAAACAGUGAGGGCACGGUGGAAACGAGGAAAGUUCCAAUUAAUGCCAGACGGUAUGCAUUUGAAGGGCUGACGGAAACAGCAGGAGUGCGUAUGGCCUAUUAUGCGUACAAAGAUUGGGUCUCUCAGAAUGGAGCGGAGAAGCAAGUCCCGGGACUGAAUAAAAAUAACGAGCAGGCCUUCUUCAUCAGUUACGCACAGACAAACUGUUUCAACAGGAACGAGGGGUACGGAUACUCCCAGGCAAUGCAGGGCAGUUAUCCAGAGAGUUUCAAAGUGAACACGGCUUUAGCACAGUUGGAUGAGUUCGUGCAGGCAUUUAGCUGUCCAGCAGGCUCCACAAUGAAUGCAGAUAAAAAGUGCAACGUUUAUUAAGAGGAAAAUUUCCAUUCCUAAGCCACGAACGCCACAGUUUCGUACCACCACUUCGUAUCAUAAGACAUAGCUUGAGUGAGCCUGCGAAAAUGGCUAAUUGACGCGAAAGGAGACGGGGAAAAGUGCAUUUUUCUACCAUGUUGAUUUCAGAUGAUUCUAAUUCACAUAGACCAUGACCCUAUUGUACUUUUCUCGUCUGUAAAGUUAGAUGCUUCGCUAAUAACAUUCAUCUAAAAAAAUAACAGAGGACAAUCAUUUCUUCGUUAGAUGGUGUACCGUUAUCCAUGAGUACAAAAAUCAUUGUGCAUAAAGUGAAAUCUCUCCAUUGUAAGUUCAUUACUUAUCCAGAUUAACAAAGGUCGGGUUCGCAGAGCGACAAUAAUUAAUUUACUUAUCUUUUUAAUCAAUUUUAGUAUUAUCAGUUUAUUUAUUUGUUUGAUAUUUAUCAUCCA